UUGCUGGGCUACAUUUCAGGCGAGGCUAGACGCAUCUCAAACAAGCGACUGACGUCGCCACACCCCUUUCUUGGAAUGAGCAGCUUACAGUUUCAGUUUUCUUUCGUGAUUCCGUCUGCAGCAUAAUAGCAGCGGUACUGGCACUCCUGUGCUACGAUCUUCUAAAAAACCAUGAAGCGCGGACUGUUCACCAUAAUUGGGGGCGUAGCUGGGGCAGUUGGUGCAGUUGCAUUGGCUCCGGUGGCGCUCACCACGGCUGGAUUCACCUCCGCUGGUAUAGCAGCAGGUUCUCUGGCUGCCAGCAUGAUGUCAUCAGCAGCUAUCGCCAACGGAGGCGGUGUGGCUGCAGGAAGUUUGGUCGCGCUCCUCCAGUCAGCAGUUACGCUUAUUGCAACCGGUGCAGCAGCAGCCGGAGCAGUUGUUGCAGCUCCUGCUGUUCUAGCAGCGGCCGGUUUCACCGCAGGUGGAAUUGCUGCAGGUUCAAUUGCCUCCACUAUGAUGUCAGCUGCCGCCGUGGCUAACGGAGGAGGGGUCGCAGCUGGAGGCUUGGUAGCAACUCUUCAAGCCGCCGGUGCUGCUGGAAUCCCUUUGGCAGGUCAAGCCAUCGUGGGCACUCUGGGAGCCGCUCUGGGGGCCGCUGCCAGCAUGGCUAGCAACUGUACUGUGUAACUACUUUAAAUUUGUGCAUUUAUAUAUGUUUCUAAAAAAAAUCAUUAUAUUAUUACUAUCUCACUGUAUGUAUAAGUGAUCAACAUCACAAUGGCAUAUCUGUAUCUGUAGCUAAGUUUAGGUGUAAGGGGGCUGUUUAUAUGCAAAUAAAAUAAAAAAUAAAAAUC